AUGACAGGCUCGGAUGCUAGCUCGGUCGAUUACUUCCAUGAGGGAUUUGAUGAUUUAACAGACGAUGGAUUCUCCGAUGCUGCGAGAAACGCGGCCGAACCCUCCCCGCGCUCAGCCAAGCGUCGCCGUCUGGUGGAUGCUACCGCGUCCGACGUGAGACGACAAUCGUCUGGGAAUCGAAAAUCGCAACAAUAUGGUGAUGAUGGUAGCCCUCGAACUGACUCUGACUCCUUUGUAGUCGAUGACAAUGAGGGCAACUAUGAUGAGCCCCAGUCGCCCAGCCAAGACUCAUACUUCGAAGACACAGAGGCCCCGUCCAAGUACAAAGUAUUCAUUCCCAAGCGCAGCAAUAUUCAGGAGAAUAUCUUUGUUACCCAAUUAACCCAGCCGCCGUCGCCACCAGAAAUGAUUCGUGGACCCCGCUGGAAAAAGCCAGAGCCCAGCGUCGCGCGGGCCAGCACCAUAUCAGCAAAAACGAGCGAGGGAGGAGCAGUAGCAGCAGCACCGAAAGCGCCAGCUGCAAGUGGCGAUGAUCUUGACGAUGAGGACCUAAAUGCUGCUAUUGCGGCGUCGCUAGAGUCUUUCGAGAGCGAGCAAUUCCGUCCUCCCCCUUCAAAUACAAAGGCCCCGACACCUCAAGCGACUACGCGCUCUUCUACAGAACGAAAAGAGGACACGACAGAUACAUCCUUCCUUCUCGAAGAUAUACCCGACGAUGCGUUCGACUCGGAUCUAUCCUUGUCUCCGCCAACUAGAGCUCAACCUCAACCCGCGACCAGGCAAUUUUCGCAGUCCUCCAACCGCCCACUUGGAAUACGUCAAACCUCGUUAUUCGACAUGACAUCCCGUAACCAAACAUCCCAACCGCCCAUCGGAGAGCAGGUGUUGUCCCCACCGGAAAAGAACGAACCCCCGACGCAGCAUAGGCUAGAUCAAGAGGCUCUUGAUACCUGGGUCUAUCCAACAAACCUUGGCAAGACGAGAGACUAUCAAUUCAAUAUCGCUCAAAAAGGGUUAUUUCACAACUUGCUUGUAGCUCUCCCCACGGGUCUAGGAAAAACUUUUAUCGCUGCGACAAUUAUGCUGAACUGGUUUCGGUGGACCCAAAGUGCCCAGAUUAUCUUCGUGGCACCCACAAAACCUCUGGUGGCUCAGCAAAUCUCCGCCUGUUUUGGUAUAGCGGGAAUUCCACGAUCCCAGACAACCAUGCUCACAGGCGAAGCUGCACCAGGCAUUCGAGCGGAAGAAUGGCAAAAUAAGCGGGUGUUUUUUAUGACCCCGCAAACGCUGAUCAAUGAUCUCAAGUCCGGCAUAGCAGACCCGAAACGGAUCGUCCUGCUUGUUGUUGAUGAAGCACAUCGCGCGACAGGUGGUUAUGCGUACGUGGAAGUUGUCAAGUUUCUUCGCCGAUAUAACCAGAGCUUCCGUGUCCUGGCUCUGACGGCGACACCGGGCUCCACGGUGGAGUCUGUUCAAGCCGUCAUCGAUGGACUUGAUAUUGCCCGAGUCGAGAUACGCACGGAGCAAUCUCUCGAUAUCCGGGAGUACGUCCAUGCGAGGAACACCGAAGUCCAGACGUUCAAGAACUCUGAGGAGAUGGUUCUCUGCAUGGAUCUUCUAUCUAAAACUUUGCAACCGCUUGUCGACCAGCUCCGCACCCUCAACGCCUAUUGGGGAAGAGACCCGAUGAUGCUCACGGCAUUUGGGCUCACUAAGUCGAGACAGCAAUGGAUGGCCUCAGAUGCCGGUCGAAACGCACACUUCGGACUCAAGGGCAAGGUCAACGCUAUCUUCACCGUUCUCGCAAGCUUGGCGCAUGCUAUCGACCUUCUCAAGUAUCACGGGAUUACGCCCUUCUAUCGCCACCUCUUGCACUUCCAGUCCAACACGGAGGGCCAGAAAGGUGGUAAAUACCAGCGCCAAGUGGUGCAGGAUGAGAGCUUUAAAAAGCUUAUGAAUCAUCUUCAGCCGUGGACCAAGAACCCGGAGUUUAUCGGGCAUCCAAAGCUGGAAUAUCUAAAAUCGGUUGUUCUGAAUCAUUUUAUGGAUGCUGGUGAAGGGUCCAAUGGAGAAGCAGGUGACAGCCAGUCAUCCACGAGAAUUAUGAUUUUUGUACACUUUCGCGACAGUGCCGAAGAGGUGACGAGGGUGCUGAAAAGAUAUGAGCCCAUGAUCCGACCUCAUGUUUUCGUUGGGCAAUCCAGCGCGAAGGGCUCUGAGGGCAUGGACCAAAAGACACAACUCAGUAUAGUGCAGAAUUUCAAAAAGGGCACGUACAAUACGAUUGUCGCAACCUCCAUUGGCGAGGAAGGUUUAGAUAUCGGAGAAGUCGACCUCAUCGUAUGUUAUGACUCUUCUGCCUCGCCAAUUCGGAUGCUUCAGCGUAUGGGACGUACGGGACGAAAGAGGGCUGGAAACAUCGUCCUCCUCCUCAUGGAGGGCAAGGAGGAAGAGUCGUAUAUCAAAGCCAAGGACAACUAUGAGAAGAUGCAACAAAUGAUUGCUAGUGGGUCCCGCUUUACGUUUCACGAAGAUAUCUCCCCCCGCAUUCUGCCCGCAGGGAUACGGCCGGUAGCGGAUAAACGCCAUAUUGAUAUCCCGGAUGAAAAUGCGGAUCAGGGCUUACCAGAGCCAAAGAGACGCGGACGAGCUCCAAAACGGCCACCCAAGAAGUUCCACAUGCCUGACAAUGUCGAAACCGGCUUCACUAAAGCGUCGUCCCUGGCAGCGGGACCCAAGUCAAAAGCUGAGAAGAGUAGGAAGCCUCGGAUGCCGACCCCGGAGCCGGUGGAGAUACCGGCUCUUGAAGAAGUUGUACUGACCUCGGCACAGCAAAGAGAGCUGGAGCAACACUAUCGCAAUAUUGGGGCCACUAGCCCACAAUUCAUCCGCAACCCGCGCAAUGAUGCGUUUCCUCGCCUCCAGCUCGUCGCAAGACCUACCAAGGUCGUGAAGCACGGAUCUUUGACACGUCGUAUGAUUGGAACAUUGCAAAAGAUGAAUAGCGUUGGCCCGGACUGUGAAGAACGCUUUAAGGAGAUUCUUGCCCGGGAGUCAACCAGGCAGGACGACGCGGUGAUCCCCAGUCGGUCGCCUCGUCGUGAGCGCCGUAGAACGCUAUCAAAACCCAAACCUCGCUCUAAGCAUUUAUCCGCAUCGGUAGAUAACCAGAGACGGUCUGCUGAGGACUCUUCACUAGUGACCCCGGAACAACUAUUGUCUUCUGUUGUAAACGCUCAAAAACAACUGCCAUUUUAUUCGUCCCAAACCAGCAAGGAUGACGAUUCGGACGACAACUUCGAUCCCCCUGACCUCAAUACCCUUCUUACUCGGAGCGCUGAGCGCCACCACGCACAGAUACCAAGUCGUCCGUGA